AUGGAGAGCAUUGAAAGACUCUUCUUCCAUCUCGUUCAAGGCGAUUGUUGGUUUGGUGGUCCUACCACGAACGGUAGUCAACUCGGAAUGGAAUGUAUUCGAGAGUCUGAAUUACGUGAACUAUUCAGAGAAUUCGACAAGAACGGUGACGGAAAGAUAACUAGGGAAGAAUUAGAGAUGGCGCUUAUACAACUGGGCGAGCGGCCAUCAAGUUCACACAUCGAAGCUAUUAUCAACCAAACCGAUAUUGAUGGUAAUGGCUGCAUUGAGAUCGACGAAUUCCUUCAAGCGUUGCGAAAAACGCUGUUGAAUCCACGUGAGGAACGAGAACUACGGGAAGUGUUCAGUGUAUUCGACAAAAAUGGCGAUGGGAUGAUAUCGGUCGAUGAUUUGCUUAUGGUGAUGCAGUCACUAGGGAAAAAGCUCAGCGAAACUGACGCUCGAGAAAUGAUCAAAGAAGGAGACGUGGAUCGCGAUGGCCUGAUCAGUUUUCACGGUAGGAAUAAUCUAUAA